CAGGCUGCCUGCCGAAAUCUGCAGGCUCUGUCCUAGGUUUCCCCAAACACCCUCCCUGGUUCUGGCAUGAGUGCCGGCUGCCGGCCGAGUUGGAGUGCUGGCGGCCAGGACCCAGUGCCCAGAGAGCCCUGAGGAGUAGCCGCUCAGCAGCCGCCGACGCCGGGGGCCGCCAUGAACUGGGGGAUCUUCGAGGGGCUCCUGAGCGGGGCCAACAAGUAUUCCACAGCCUUCGGGCGCAUCUGGCUGUCCCUGGUCUUCAUCUUCCGCGUGCUGGUGUACCUGGUGACGGCUGAGCGAGUGUGGAGCGACGACCACAAGGACUUCGACUGCGACACUCGCCAGCCGGGCUGCUCCAACGUGUGCUUCGACGAGUUCUUCCCCGUGUCCCACGUGCGCCUCUGGGCCCUGCAGCUCAUCCUGGUCACGUGCCCCUCGCUGCUCGUGGUCAUGCACGUGGCCUACCGCCAGGCCCGGGAGAAGAAGCACCAAGAGGCCAUCGGGAAGGACGGCGGGCGUCUCUACCUCGACCCCAGCAAGAAGCGGGGAGGGCUCUGGUGGACAUACGUCUGCAGCCUGGUGUUCAAGGCGGGCGUGGAUGCCACCUUCCUCUACGUGUUCCACUCCAUCUACCCCAGGUACACCCUCCCCCGCGUGGUCAAGUGCCACGCGGACCCAUGUCCCAAUGUGGUGGACUGCUUCAUCUCCAAGCCCGAGGAGAAGAACAUCUUCACUCUCUUCAUGGUGAUCACGGCCCUCAUCUGCAUCGCCCUCAACCUGGUGGAGCUGGCCUACCUGGUGAGCAAGAGAUGCCGAGAGUGCCUGGCGGCCAGGAAAGCCCGGUCUGAGAACCUGGACCACCGUCUGGACUGGGUCACCGCUUCUUCCAAACAGGGCGACCUCCUCUCGGGCGACCUCAUCUUUCUGGGCUCAGAUGUUCCCCCUCCACUCUUACCAGACCACCCUCAAGACCACGUGAAGAAAACCAUGGUGUGAGGGGCUGCCUGAUCAGGCCUGGGUUGGAAGGACCCGGGAGCCAACAUGCAGCCUUGGGGGUGGGGAUGCUGAGCUGAGAGUAGGGGCAGCCAAGAGGGAGAGUCAGGUGGCCUGGGUUCAAAUCCUUUCUCCCCAAGCUCCUGCCACCUGCACCAGCUGUGUGGCCUUGGGCAAGUUACCGCCGGGAGCUGAACCUCGGUUUCCUUUUGUAUACAAUGGAGAUGAUGAGCCCUGCUGCACAAGGCCAUCGCUGUGAGGAGGGGUUUAAUAAGAGAAUAUACAUGGACAUGCCUCCAACGUGUGGGGUUCAUGG